AUGUUGGAGAUUGCCUCGUCGCUUCUGCAUGGCAUGGCGCCCAUCAUGGAGCGUUUGCCCCCCCAGCUUGAGGUGAAGGUCAGCUGGGCUUCCGCAAUCAGACAUAAGCAGGCCACCAAGAAGAAUACAAAGCAGACCUUGGACAUUUUGCGUUACGCCGCGUCGCGGUUCUUCUGGAAAGUUCCUUGUCUACUGGAGACGCUCAGAGUUGCGAAAGCUAUCACCGCCCCACACCACCAGCUCUCCUUACUGGCUGUGAGAGGUAGCGCUAUCAACGACUUCUGCUCUGAUGUAAAUAGAACCAGCUCGACUAAAUGCAAAGAUUUUAUGAAGGGCAUGACAGGAGACUACAGCUAUACCCGAGUAAAGAUGGGGGUACAAGAUCGGAGCAAGAGGGCGGACUCACUGCGGUUUCGCCGCAGUGAGUCCACCCUCUUGCUCCACGGCAUCAAAUCAAGUAUGGAGUCGAUGGACGGCGCUAGGAGUGUGUCUGACGAAGCACAG